UACAGGCAGAAGUAUGCUGUGUAUUGCUAAUCAAAGGAUUGGGGCCUGUCCUUAAAUGCAAGAUCGUUUUUAAAAAUUGAGAUUUAAAAACAAUUGCCUAUCGAUUUUAAAGAGAAUCAUUGUAUUCUUAGAACUUAAGGAGUAAACAAAUUUUCGUGUCAUUCUCUAUCGCUCUUUGGUGUACGGUGGCCGUGUGCGCUACCCUUUGCGACCCCCCCAAAAAGUGCCUCCCCUAAAGAAACUCAAUCACUCCGGCGUAGCCGAAACGAUUGAAGUGUGGAAAAUACAAUAAUCCUUAGACAAGUCGCAGGAUUGACCCAAGUUAAGACAAACACUCGGAUUAAAAUUUACUUACGUGUAUUGCACACCCGCAGUGAAAAGUAAAAUCGCAUACGCUCUAAUCUGCAAGCGCAUAUAAGGGCUACUGUAAGAUGGUGUACUGACAAGAAUAAGGGAAAAUGAGUUACAGGAAAGAAGAUUCGCUUCUUUUGGAGAGUUUCUCUGAAAAACACAGACACGCAGACUUUGAAAGGGAACUAACGGAGCAUUUCCGAAAGCUUGGUUUCUACCGAGAGGUCCCUACCCCUGAUUUACUGCGCGAAGCCCAGCAGGUGUACCACACCCUUGACUGGCCCCAGCAGUUUGAUGACGAUGGAGAUCCGCUCCCCGGUCCACCCUCCUCAUCAAGAGAUGAGAUUCUGAAUCCAGAUGAGGUCAAGGAAUUGGACGAACAUGCUUUGCAGACUCCAACUACCUACCUUGGACAACAUCUCCGUUACUUGGUGGAAUACCUUAUUCGCCCAGCCAUCAGUGACGUCCACAAAGCCAGAGUCCUCACAAGAUGGCUUGGACGCUGUAUGGAUGAAGACUACAUCAAAUACCUGCCGAGAACAGAGUGGAGUCACCCUGAAUCUGUGGCGGGAUAUGUGUGGAAAUUACGAAAGAGACAGAUUGACUACGACGAAUUCUUCCAGACACUUUGCACGUAUGCAGGUUUGAAAGCCAAGAAUGUUGAUGGGUGUGUCAGGAAUACGAUCAAAUACGAAGUGGGCAAAGAUUUCAUGGAGCAGAGGAAAAGCUGGACUGCAGUGCUUUUGGACGGUAAUUGGCGUUUAUUGGACGUGCGCUGGAUCUGCGAAGCUGCUUAUGGAGUGGCAAAAACCAACUGGAGACUAAUUGAAGACGAAAAGGGGAAAGUAGAUACCAGCAAAGCCAUCAAAGAAAACAGAAACACGUUCAAAACACAGUGUCGUUUCAGAGAGUUCUAUUUUCUGACAGACCCGGAAAUAUUUAUUUACGAUCAUUUUCCAGAUGAUUCUAAAUGGCAGUUGUUGGCAAGAAAUGUUUCAUACAAAGAAGCAAAAGAAAUGGCAGCUUUACGUGCAGACUUUUUCAGAAAUAAAAUGGUACUGCGAACUCAUCCAAAAUGCAUUACAGAAAGCGAUGACGGCAUUGUAAAACUGAACAUAGGGUUGCAAGAAGACACACGAAUGUCUUUCGUCUACAAACUAUACAGAUCGAAAAAUAGUAAAAUGCCAAUAGACCCGUCCAGAAAAGAGCUGGAUAGAUACGUCUUCAUGGAGAGAGAUAUUGACGAGUGUGAAGUUAGGUCGGAGAUACGAUGCCCUGCUGAAGGAGAGUACCUGUUUGAAUUACACGGGAGUCAGAAUAUCGAAUCUUGCCACGCCUUGCUGGUGACGUACUUCAUCAGAUGUACUGGUAUUAAGGGUGUGAUAACUCCAUUGCCACCCAACAUUAGACAAGAGUGGGGGCCAGGAGAGGACACGAGAGAUAUGGGAAUGGUACCGGUUACUCACAGAAAGGGACAGGUGGAAGCAGAUGAUGGUGAAACGGAAAUUACGUUUACUCUGGAAAAGGAUCUGGAAUUCAAACACGAUCUUGUCAAAGGUGACCAGGAUAUCUCAGUCACGGAUGGUCACGUGGUACAUACGAUCGAAAAUGGGAAAAUGAACAUCAGCUUAAGGCUGCCAUCGCCUGGAGAGUAUGCUUUGAACGUAAUGGCAAAAGAGAAAUUCAAGAAGACAAGAUUUGCCCCGGCUUGCAGCUAUCUUGUUAGCUGCGAUGAUGAGCCAUUACAGACCAAACCCUUACCAAACAUUGAUGGACGGCAUAUUGGUACUCAUGAAAAAUUCCACGAACUUGGAUUCAAAGAAGACAAUGCAUGGACGUCCUACAUUAAUAAUCUCGUCACUGGAGAAUUCUCUAUGCAGAUUCACAAACCCCAUGAUAUAUUUGUUAUGGCAUCUUUAGAGCUAGAGGAAGGAGACAAGUCUGAAACUUUUGACAAUUACGUUGUCUGUGAUACACAAGAUAAUAAGGUCAAGGUUACUGCUAUCUUCCCCAAGAGUGGUACCUACAAACUGACGCUCUAUGCCAGACUUGACACCGUCCAAGAUGAUAACAAAUACAUUACUAUCUACACCAAAAUCAUCGAAGUUGUUUUGCCCACUUUGGCAGGAAUGCCGUCGCCAAUUCAAUCCAGCAUUCCAGACUGGUGUCAUGGUUACCACCUAAAAGAGCCCAGAAGCAUGUUUCUACCAUCAGGAGAGAUGACAAAAAUCUCAGUCUCUGUCCCAGAGGCCCAUACCAUAAAAGUCAAAGGUCACCCUGAAUGUCAUCUCAAGCAGAAUGAGGAGGGGUAUUGGGAGGGAUAUUUAAAGACAGGACCACCCAGGAGUACAGUGGAUCUUCUUGCCAGUGAAUCAUUACAUGGUCAGCCAUUUAAACAGGUUGUUUCAAAAGAGGAAUUGUUACAAAUAGAAGUUGAACAAGAGGGGCUCUUUAAAAGGGCUUUAGAUGAACUAGAAUCUCUUGAAGAGGAGAAAUAUGCCAGACUGCUUUCUCGACUGAAACAAGCAGUAAAAGACAGGAACAGACAGAAACUACAGAAGCUGUUGUACAGAGCCAAGGAGUUGAAACCUGACAAAGUGGAUGUGGAGAUAGUCAGAGCUGAGAGGGUGCUGAGGGAACUGGUGGACCUAGAAGAAAAAGACAUAGCUAGAAAGGAGUUGAGAAAGGCCACCAGAAUGUGUGAUAUACCUUCCUUGGAGGCAGUACUUCAAAAGGUAAAACGACUCAGACUUCCAGAAGAAGAUGGAGAUAUAACUGCAGCAGAAGAGGUCCUACAGUCUCUCCGAGAAAAGCAAGAUGCUGCAUUAGGAAAGACUCGUGACAAGUCACAACAAACAACUGAAACACCUACUCCAUAUUUUUAUGGCAAUCACAGUGGUGUGCAUAUUUAUGUAAUGCCUGAUGGUCGCGUUCAGCAUUCUGAAAUUGCUCCUGACAACAGUGUCCUGCAGUCCAGUCGUUUGACAAGAGAUGCUGAUGUUCAAACUCUGGACAGUUCAGCAGAUGAGGAGAUCAAAGAAGAUUUCUCUUAUCUAGCAAUGGAUUCCUCAACUCCCAGAAAGACAAGGAAAACAGACACCUCUAAGGUUCCGGAACUUCUGCGCCAGCAUCUGAAGAAACGUCACCUAAUGGAGGAUGAAAUUGAUGCAGAGGAUAUUGAGCCAACUGCUUUGGGUGCUUUAUCUAUGAUUGAUCAAGAGGAAAAUGGAGACAGAUCAUACACAAGCCGUGGGGGAUCUCGUUCUUGGAAAUCUCGAACAAUGGAAGUUUUCAAGAAAUACUGGCAUGUAAUGAAAGAGAAAUCUGAGCUGACGCGUCAAACACUUAACGAUGAUAUUGAAAACGAGGUCCAGAGACUGAAGCAUAUCAACCAAAUGUGUCGGAAGAUGUCCCGUGCAGCUCGCCGCAUUGGUAUGAAUUACAACAGUCUGAUAGAUAGUGAGCAGAUGUUCCAUGACAUCCUGAAUGAACCAAAUGACCAAAACGAUAGUCUGACGGAGGACUUGUGCAAUACAUCUGCUCUACAGCAAGAUGUCAUCAUAGUAGAGGAAGGCCUCAAAUCUGCAUUUGAGGAAUUUGUCAAGAGAAUGGAUGAGCUCUGUGCAGAACUUGUCAUCAAGGCAGAAAACACUGCAAAAGAGCUGGAAAGAACUAGGCUUGAGAUGGCCACAGAGGAUAUAAUGACCACAAGCUCUAAGAGUUCACUGAGAAGUGAUUCUGGUGUGGGGGGAUCUACUGACAGGGACCAUCCUGACUAUGUCAAGACUUCAUUUUAUGCAGCUAAAAAUACUAUUCUAGAGGACUUAAAAUCAACCAAUGCCUCUACUGAGGAAGACAUCAGACGGCAACUGUCAGCCUUACAGAAACAAAUGGCAGACUAUCACCAUGGUAACACAUCAUCUCAUGUUGGCAACCAUUCUGGUAACCAUUCAGGGCUAUUCUCAAAUUCUUGGAAACUCUGAAGCUCGAACAAAAAAAACAUAUCUGAUAUCUUAGGUUAUUUUUACCUUUUCAUCCAUGUGAAUUGCUUGUUUGAUCAAUUUUAAAUCAUUGACAUUCCUUCUGAAUUUUGGAUAAAAUGUGUAUAUAAACUUAACAAUUUUACAGUACUGUGAUAUUAUAUUAUCUGUGAUUCACCAUUUGUGAUGUUGAUAUUUUAAUCAAUUUUCUGUAGAAUUAG